AUGAUGAAGAAGAGCGUGGAGGAGGAAGACAAGGAUUCCGAGGAUCGGUGCUUCUGCUGCUAUGAUGGUGGAGGUGUUGUGAUUUGCGAGGACAAGAAUUGCUUAAAAGUGUAUCAUCCAGAAUGUGUAGGGAAAGGGAAAAACUCCAUGGACUCUGGAAAGUGCUGGACUUGUAGUAGGCAUUCUUGUGUAGUGUGCUCUGAUACCUCAAGGUUUUAUUGCCUUUGUUGUCCACAUGCAUCAUGUAAAGAUUGCCUAGGUGGUUCUGGACUUGCACUAACAAGAGUUCCGAAUGGCUUGUGCAAGAGCUGCCUUACACAGAUUCUACGAGCAGAAGAAAACUCAGAAUAUGGAUUAGAGGGAGAGAAAAUAGACUUCGAGGAUCAAGAUGAAUUGCGGCGAUUCAAAGAAUAUUGGGAGAUCGUAAAGGAAAAAGAAGGAUUAACUUCAGAAGAUGUUUAUUCAGCAUAUUCCUUUUUACAGGCGAGAGAAUAUCGUCAUAUUGGUGAUAGUGACGAAACAAUGUCAGAUAGCGACGAGGAUAGUGGAAGUGAGGAUGAAGAUGAUGUCAAAUUGGAGCAUGAACAUAAGAAGAGAAGAGUGAGCUCUGCUACAACCAUAGCAUCUGAUGAAAAGAAAGCGAGUCCUAGAUUCCAAAAGAGCUGUUUUGCAUCUAUUAUUCCUGAGAAUAUGAAGCUUGUUUACAUAAAGAAGAGCUUACUGGAGAAGUUACUGGAGGAUCCUGAUCAUUCGGAAAGCAAGGUACUGGGGAGUUUGGUGAAAGUGAAAAAUAACCCCCUGGACUACUUUGUGAACGCAACUUACUGUCCUUACCAACUUUCACAAGUUAAAGGCAUAAAGGAAAUCUCAGCAACCAAUGGUGAGAGCAGUGAAAUUCAACUGCAAGUUUCCAAUUUUCUACAAGAUAUCCCCCUUUCUCGGCUUUCAGAUUUUGACCUCACUAAGGAAGAGUGUGAAGAUUUAAGCCAAAACAUAGCAGAUGGCCAUCUAAAGAAACCUACAGUUGUUGAGCUGGAAAAGAAGGCAAGAGAACUGCAUCAGGACAUAACUAAGCAUUGGAUUGAAAACGAGUUGGUGAGAUUGCAGCGUCACAUUGAUCGGGCAAAUGAAAAGGGACAGAGAGAACAGCUAGCUGAAUAUCUGAACCAGAGAGAGCUACUAGAGAAACCAUCUGAACAGCAGCGACUAUUGAAGCAGAUGCCAGAGGUCAUUGCUGAUGUUGUAGAUCUGGAAUCCGCCUUGAACUCUGGGAUUUCAUUGUCCAAUAUUGAGCGUUUGAAUGGCUCGAACUUUAAAAAGUGGAAAGAACAUGUUGAGCUUUACUUAGGACUGCAAGGAAUUGAUAUUUGCUUGACUGAACCUCAACCUGAAAUCGAUGCUCAAAGUGAUGAAGCUUUGGUUGCUAAGAAUAGAGAGUGGUUACGGGCAAACAGAAAGGCCAAGCUUGUCGCUGUUUAA